UUUUGUUUGACUGGUUUGAUGCUACUGAGUGGGACCUGUGUAGCAAGAUCCCAUGGGAAGGAAUUUGUCACUGCAUUUUUAUACAACCUCAGGCAAAGCCAGCCUGAUCCUAAGUUCACGCUGCUUAUUAAUGGCUACCAUCCUGAAACCAAUGUCCUAGUGACUGUGAACAACCCUAACUUCCAGAAAACUGUUACUGUCAAUGAAGGGCAAGUAGUAUCAAUCCAGCUUCCCAGUUCCCUUGAAAUGUUGGACUCAGGCUUGUUCGACGGGACUGUGAAGAUCCAAGCCAACAAGGACAUCUCUGUCUUCUCCUGCAACCACAAGCUCUACUCAAGUGGUUCCACAGUUGUGUACCCAGUUGAACAAUUGGGCAAAUUGUAUUAUGUAGUUACACCAUCAGGUGACCUAGAAAACACCUUCAAAGAAUUUGCAGUUGUAGCUCAUAACUCUCCUACUCUAGUAGACAUUCUCCUGACUGGGGCUGUGACGUUCAGAGGGCUGUCUUAUCCUGCAGGAAGCCGGCUGGUUGUUGACCUUAAGGCCUUCCAGGCAAUCCAGCUGCAAAGCUCUGAUGAUCUGUCUGGCACCAGGGUGGAAUCUGUGGAACCUGUGGCUGUCUUGAGUGGACACAGUUGUGCUAGGAAGCACACAGCCUGUGACCAUGUAGUUGAGCAGCUCUUGCCUGUAUCCAGCUGGGGAACCACCUACAUUGUCCCUUCUCUAUCCUAUCAAAGCAAAUUUUACAUUACAUAUGUCCUUGCUUCCCAAAAUACUUCUAUCAGUUACCAGUCUGGGCUCCAAAAACGCACCCGUAAUAUGGUGGCUGGUGAAGUUAUCCAGAUUGCCACAAAGAGCUCUCAGCCACUCUUUAUCUCUGCAGAUGAGAGAAUCCAAGUCCUCUUCUUCUCUGGUGGUACCAUAAGUGGAAACCUAUCCUACGACCAGCUAAUCCCCCUUUCUGCUGAUGCUCCUGAAGGAAGCCAACUCUACGACCCAUUCCUCAUCAAUAUCCCAGCCUUAGAAAGCUAUUGCAGGCAGUACCAUAUUGAUGGGAUGGGGCAGAAUGAUAAUUAUAUCAUCAUCAUUGCUAUUACUUCAGAAUCCAGCCAGAUCCAAUUAGCAAAGAAGCCCAUUGAAAAUAUCCAGUGGCAGGCUAUUCCUGGCACAGAAUAUUCUUGGGCUGAACUCUCCCUGGGCACAAAAGCUACAGUGCUUCCCAUAGAGCACCUCACUUCUUCUUUUGGGGUCGUCACCUUUGGAGGUUCUUACCGUGAUGGCUAUGGCUCUGUGGCUCUUUGCUCCUGCAGAUCAAGGCCAACAUCUUCUGUCUCAAUCCCAAAAGGAUCAGCCCUGGUGCCUCCAGUCCCAAAGUCUGAAGAAUUGUUUCUGUAUUCUUAUGGGACAGACCAAGGUGACAUGAAGAAUCCCAAAUCAGAUGAUGCAGAAUCCCCAGCGGUCUCUGUUGCAGUUCCCUUCCCCUUCUAUGGCAAGAAGUACAGCACCCUCUAUGUGGACAACAAUGGUUUGAUUUCCUUGGGUGAAACAGUUCCAGUGACUUCACUGACUCCAGACAGUUUACCCCGGGAUGGUGGACCUCCCCUUAUUGCCCCAUUUUGGAGUGACAUAAACACACGUGCGGGUGGGAACGUCUUCUGGCGGCAGACUCAGAACCCAAAACUGCUUGACCGCUGCACUACAGACAUCAAUGAGUACUUCCCUGACAUCCCGUUCACAGCUACCUGGGCCUUCAUCGCUACCUGGGACCGUGUGGCCUAUUUUGGAUCUAGAUCAAAAAAAGUCAACACUUUCCAGGCUGUCUUGACUACCGAUGGAGAAAAAUCCUUUGCCAUAUUCAACUAUGCUUCUAUCCAAUGGACUACAGGGACAGUGAGUGGGGGCCAUCCUAAGACAGGCCUUGGAGGAACUCCAGCACAGGCUGGAUUUGACAAUGGAGACAAAAUAAAUUACUACAUCAUCCCGGGAUCCCGUACUCCUGAUAUUCUCCAUCUUGCCGAAGCCAGCAACGUGAACAGCCCAGGGCACUGGGUAUACCGGGUGGACCAGCACGUGGCUGGGGUUAGCACAGAUUGUGUUGUGUGAAGCAUCGUCAAAUUCAAAUAACCUCCUCUUGAUCCAACAGCAUCAAGACAGGAAUGUACUCAAUUUCUGGAUACACUCCCUUUUUCUACAGGAAAGAAACACACUCCAGUGUAGCUUAUUUUUUAUUAUAUGUGUUUAUAUCCACUCCCUGCAAUUUAUGAAUGUGAUGGGCAUCCAUUAUUGUUACUCUUAAAAUCAAUCAAUAGAGCACCACAGUAUGAGAAUAUAAUAUUAAAUCCUUAUGGAUGAACAAUUAUACUUCAUGCUAAGUAACACAGCCUAUCGUGGCUCAGGAAAUACCUGAGUGAAGAGAUGGGUCUUAAGAACAUGACUGAAUGCCCAACAGCAGGGUCUGCCCAAUGAUAAUUGGAAAUGCAUGUGAUGCCCACAUGCUCUGCUGCAAACACACCUGAAGCAAACCUCAGGAGUGUGUGGCACCUUCAGAAAUGUCUCCUCCAGAGCUGGCUGAACAGCAGAAAUAAAGAAUUGUGCCCAGAAUUCAU